AUGGAUAGCAAGACCAUCUCAGCUAUUGAUGAGGUUGAACAGGGGCAGGGACUUCUGGAAGGCAGCACAGACACAGACACAGACGCAGACACAAACUUCUCUCCUACACCGAGGAUAUCACGUAGGUCGAAUUGUAGAUGGUUCAGCGCUGUCAUCGGAUUCCCAGCGCUGUUAUGUGCGACCAACCUGCUCACGUUCUGGAUCACCGCUUCCACAAGACCGCGAUGUCAUACUCAGGUUUCAGUAGCGGAACCCCCAAGCCUCACGCCAAUGCUACGAGAUCUAAAUCUCCAGACAAUACAUGUCAAGUUCGACUCAACAUUCUUUAGCCAGGGGAGUCGCUAUCGUAAGGCUCCAUCGCCGGAGACUGACGCUGCGUGGAACUUUGCAGGCGCCAACUUUGGGUUUCUUCUCAUCCCCGAAGAUCAGGCAAAUGAAUCGGAUUUAACAUCUGAUCACAUCCACCUUGCCGGCGGUCCAGAUCAAGCCAAUCUUACGGGGAUUCCUGCCGAUGUCGAAGUUUUUCAUCAGCUACAUUGCUUGAAUCUACUUCGAAAGGCGACGUGGUAUAAUCACGAUUACUAUCGAAAGCUUGGCACGGACGAGUUCCAGCAUCCAGACGGCACACUAUCCGUCCAUGUUGACAAUCUACGCCAACGGAUUAUGUGUACGGCUGAUGUUGGGCUCGUGCCGUUCUAUUGGGUCGGAGACGACGGUCAAACAGAUCCUGAGUUCAGUCGGACGCACACCUGUCGUGACUUCGAGACCCUACACGACUGGAUGAUGGAGCACAUGAUUACAAUGGACUCGAACGCCACCCUGCUUCCUAGACCUGGUGACUAUAGAGUUGAACAUUUCCACUAA